UCGCGAUGACUUAAGAGUUGCGGGAGCUCGAAGGCAUGUCCUCCUGGCCGGGGCGGUCCGGGAGCCGCCUGGACAGACAGCAGGAGCGCGAUGUGCGCGAGCUUAUCCGGCGUGUCACUGGCCUUGAGGACGAGGCGGACCCCAACUUCCAGCUGGCCCUCAACUUCGCCUGGUCCAAUUUCAGAUUUCAUCGUUUCUUAGAUGUCAACAGCCACAAAAUAGAAAAGACCAUAGAAGGAAUUUAUGAAAAAUUCAUCAUUCAUUCUGAUCUCAACAAAGCUGCUAGUUGGAAAAGAUUAACUGAGGAAUUUCUAAAUGCAUCCCUUCCCAGCGUAGAGGAAAUAAAGACAGAAACACAUUACUCCAUACUAUCGCUCCUCCUGUGUCUGUCUGAUUCUCCUUCAAACAGCAAUUAUGUGGAAACACCAAAAGAAAAAGAAGUUGAAAAGAAAGAUGAUUUUGACUGGGGAAAAUACUUGAUGGAUGGGGAAGAAGUUGACCUCGGUCCAAAUGUGGACACACCAAAUUGGUCUGAAGACAGUGAUGAUGAAGAUGCCCAACAGCCCUUAAGCAGAGAAGAUUCUGGGAUCCAGGUAGACAGGACCCCAUUGGAAGAACAAGAUCAAAGCAGAAAAGUGGGACUUCAAGUCAGCUGGAAAGCAGAAGAGCCAGAUGACAGAAGCUGGCUGGAACAGCAUGUGAUCCACCAGUACUGGAUAACCAGGCCCUCAAGGAUUCCACAUAGUUUACAUUUGCAUUCCAAUUUAGCUGCUGUCUGGGAGCAACAUCUGUAUAGCAGUGAUCCCCUGUAUUUUCCAGAUGACAGAAUUUUUGUUACUGAGACGCAAAUUAUUCGGGAAACCCUAUGGUUACUUUCAGGAGUGAAAAAGCUCUUUAUAUUUCAAUUGACAGAUGGGAAAGUCACUGUGAGAAAUAAUAUUAUAGUAACCCAUUUAACACAUAGCUGUUUACAGUCUGUGCUGGAACAAAUAGCAGAGUAUGGCCAGGUUGUGUUUCGACUCCAGGAGUUUAUUGAUGAAGUCAUGGGACACAGCUCUGAAAGCCUAUUACCUGGAGGGAGUUCUGUACCAAAGAAGUCCACUGAUGCUCCCUUCAGAACCUAUCAGGCUUUCAUGUGGGCUCUGUACAAAUACUUCAUUAGUUUCAAGGAGGAACUUACAGAGAUUGAGAAGUGCAUCAUCAAUAAUGAUACCACGAUCACUCUUGCAAUAGUAGUGGACAAGUUGUCACCUCGAUUGGCUCAGCUCAAGGUUCUGCACAAGGUGUUCAGUACUGGAGUAGCAGAAGUGCCGCCCGACACCCGGAAUGUUGUUCGGGCAUCUCACCUGCUCAAUACCCUGUAUAAGGCCAUCCUUGAAUAUGACAGUGUUGGAGAAGCUUCUGAGCAAACUGUCUCCCUCCUGUUCUCCCUAUGGGUGGAAACAGUGCGGCCCUACCUUCAGACUGUUGAUGAAUGGAUUGUACACGGGCACCUAUGGGACAACGCCAAGGAGUUCAUCAUACAGAGAAACAAAAAUGUUCCAGUAAACCACAGAGACUUCUGGUAUGCAACUUACACAUUGUACAGCGUAUCAGAAAAGACAGAAAAUGAAGAAAAAAUGAGCGACAAUGCUAGUGCGAGUUCUGGCAGUGACCAAGGUCCCUCCAGUAGGCAACACACCAUGGUGUCUUUCCUCAAGCCUGUCCUGAAGCAGAUCAUCAUGGCUGGCAAGUCAAUGCAGUUGCUGAAGAAUCUGAGGUGUGCAGAGAGUACCACAUGCCAGGCAGCAGCCAGAGAUGCAGAAAGAAAAAGCUUGCACACCCUCUUUCUAGAAUCUGUACAGUCACGUCUUCGACGUGGAGAAGAUUCCACCCCACAGGUCCUUACGGAGCCACAGACAGCCACAAAGAACCUAACGAAGAUGCAGUCCAUUGCUGAACGGCAUUUGGAGCUGGAUGAUGACCAAGACCCACUGCUAGCUGUUAACUUUGCAAGGUUGUAUUUGGAGCAGAGUGACUUUCAUGAGAAAUUUGCUGGUGGUGAUGUAUGUGUGGAUAGAUCUUCAGAAUCUGUGACAUGCCAGACUUUUGAAUUGACACUGAGGUCUUGCCUCUAUCCUCAUAUUGAUAAGCAGUACCUACAUUGCUGUGGAAAUCUCAUGCAAACUCUAAAACAAGAUUACAGGCUGGUAGAAUACUUGCAGGCCAUGAGGAAUUUUUUCUUAAUGGAAGGUGGAGAUACCAUGUAUGACUUCUACACUUCAAUCUUUGAUAAAAUAAGAGAAAAGGAAACCUGGCAGAAUGUGUCUUUUCUAAAUGUCCAACUCCAAGAAGCAGUAGGUCAGCGUUAUCCUGAAGAUAGUGCACGUCUGUCUAUAUCUUUUGAAAAUGUUGACACAGCUAAGAAGAAAUUACCAGUCCAUAUCUUAGAUGGUCUGACCCUAAGCUACAAGGUUCCGUGGCCUGUAGACAUUGUGAUAAGUUUAGAAUGUCAGAAGAUUUAUAAUCAGGUCUUUCUUCUCCUGUUGCAAAUAAAAUGGGCAAAAUAUAGUCUGGAUGUUUUACUUUUUGGUGAACUAGCCAGUUCUACUGCAGAGAAACACCAAGAUAAAGAAGGCCAACGUGAACAAGACACAGUUGCUCAAAUUGGCCUGCAGAAGAAACCAGUAGGACAGCAGAUCCAUCGCAUGUUCCUCUUAAGAGUGAAGCUCAUGCAUUUUGUGAACAGUUUACACAACUACAUCAUGACCAGGAUUCUCCAUAGUACAGGGCUGGAGUUUCAGCACCAAGUCGAAGAAGCCAAGGAUUUAGAUCAGUUGAUUAAAAUUCACUACAGAUACUUAUCAACUAUCCACGACCGAUGUCUCCUGAGAGAAAAGGUCAGCUUUGUGAAAGAAGCAAUCAUGAAGGUGUUGAACUUGGCUCUCAUGUUUGCAGAAGGCUGGCAGGCAGGCCUGGGAGCUUGGCAAAUGGAAUCUAUAGAGAAAAUGGAGUCUGAUUUUAAAAACUGCCACAUGUUUCUUGUAACCAUUUUAAACAAAGCAGUCUGUAGAGGAUCUUUUCCCCACUGUAAGUACACUAUCUUACAAGGUGAUUGUGUUUCAGUUUUCUUGUAGCUAAGUCUAUAUGUCAUUGUUUGAUAUUGACCCCCUGGAAGAACUGG